AUGCCCAGCGUUGCACCUUCCGAAGAUGUCGACUCGGCGGUCCGCGUAGUCGUGACUCCCGCCCAAUCCUCCUACUUUGCGGGGGAGACCUUCUCCGUGACCAUAACAUUCAGCAAUACCCAUUCUUCUUCUCCUCCAGAAGCAGGUCCUUCCACUGCCAAUUCCCGGCCACAACAUAAACGCGGCGCGCACUCUAUUAGCUCUGCGCCGCUUGCUAGGCCUCCUACGUCUCCUGGUACCCCACGGAUGAGUGCACUUCCACCUCCUUCACGACCGAAACGAGGGGAUGAUCUGCCAACUAGGAAAGGACUUAUUGGGCGGGCUAGGACGCCUCAGAAUUCGGAGAAUCUGCCUGAUUUGAUUGAACAACGGAGAAAGAAGUUGUUGGCCAAGUCGUUGUCUGUUUCUAUUGCUCCUCUUGAGCUUGAGGAACAAUUGGCUGUGGGUACUGUUGCAACUUCAGCGCCUCACUUCCAGCGGUCUUUCAACGACGUGCGGCCUUCCAAUUCUCCUCAAGUUCCGUCACCUCUAGCAAGAACGGAUGCACUCUCAUUAUCCUCAAGCCAUCCCCACGCUAGAAAACAAUCCAUCCUCGACGGCCAAUUCUCCCUGGACGUCUUAUCACCAACAACAUCCGUCCCACCCUUCCCUUACUCGCCCAACUCAUCAUCAUCCUCUUUCUCGCUAGCACUCGAUCCCAUAGUCGAAGGCGCGCAAUCGCCUUACCUCUCCACUCCCCAACUAGCCUCGCCAACAAUAGAAUCUUUCACACCUGCUCCUCAGAUAAACCCAAGGUCCAACGCGGUGUACGCAUACCCUUCUACACGACACCGUCCUCCCCCCAUAGGCCUUGGCCAGCCCUCAGCCCGUGGGGAUGCCGAAGCUGCACGCUCAGCUUCGUUGCCACACUCAAACGUUGAGCUGAUUCUGUAUUCAUAUGCCCAGCUAACGGGGACUGUGUCAAUCACACCUGGAGCAUCAUCCACUCCAGAACAACUCCAGACGCUGAAUGGAGUCCGGUCGGCUUUGCUCAAGCAGAAUGUUAUUGGCGGGGGAAGUAUGAAUAUUACGUCGUCAUUACACCAACAUAAUCCUCCCUCGCCGCGGACGCGUCAUGGCCGCUCAUCGUCUACUAGUUUUCUUUCCAUGCUCUCACCGUCGUCCCUCAUGCCGUCAGUCACCACCACCCCACCUAACUCCGCUUCUCGUUGGCGGUCUUCCUCAGCAUCGGCUCAAAUCUCAUCAAUACCUCCAAGUAACAAAUUCUACAACACCAACAGCAAUACACGCGGGCUGGGGGUGAGCCUACUAGGCAGCGGUAGUACCGUAGAUACUAUCACCCCGGAAGGUCCUUUACCAACGUUCCAAGUCCAACCAACCAUGUUGGCUGUAGAUCUCUCUCUCCAGCCUGGAGAAUCACGGAGUUAUACGUAUUCGAUAACGCUCCCGGACAACCUACCCCCAACGUUCCGAGGCAAGUCGUUGGCGUUUUCGUAUGAGCUUGUGGUGGGGACGUGUAGAGCUGGAUCUUCGUCUUCGUCUUCGACUGGGCGAAGUAGUGCCAAUAGUGUUAGUCGUGUGAUGAAAGUCCCGAUAAGGGUGUAUAACCACGUUGCAGUGGGUUUGGCACCCAAGCCAUAUGAUAUCCUAUGGCCCGUGAACAAACGUCUGGACCCACACGCGCCUGCUCCACAAGCCAAGGUGGUGGAAUUGGUGGGCAAACCUGUGAAUAGCAAUAACAUGCUUUCCUUCCCUACUAGUCCGUCCGCGUCGUCCUUCAAAAAUGGAUCACUGGAAGAACUGAAAGAAUAUGCGCAGAGACUCGUAGCGUCUCUUCCUGCUCCACGUUCGAAUGGGGAUGAUCAGGAAAAAGUAGAAGUGCAGUCGGCUUCGGACGGUGUGAAUGGGGAUCAUGUUCAUUUCGUAGAUCCGGAACGUGUGAUGCAGUUGGAGGAGAUGAGGAAGAAGGAGACAGAAGCUGAGGGUGGGUUGACGGGAUGCAGGGAGGCGGUUGAGAUUUUGACGAGGAAUCCUAAGAAGGCUUCGUAUGAUGUGAAUAAGGAUGGUGUCAAGGUGGCCGUUCUGACAUUCACAAAGUGUGCCUUCCGCCUUGGCGAAACUGUGUGUGGUGUUGUAGAGCUGAAUGAUCGUAUGGGUCGUGCUAGGGUGCUUCAGCUCUCCGCAAUCCUAGAAGCUCACGAGACCCUUCCAUCAACCAUCUCAUCACCCUCAACAGCACGACACCUCCGACGCGUCCACGCAGAACACUACUCCUCCUUCACACUCAACACCCUCCGCACCACCUUCUGCCUCGACAUCCCAUCCGACGCCAGCCCCGCUUUUCAGAUCCGCAUAGGCACUUCUUCGUCGCAAGCAUGCGGAGGGCUGGAGUGGAAAGUCCGUCUUUGUCUCCUCGUAGCCGUCGCCGCUGAGACGUCGCAUCCCGGAACGGAGGGCGUGAGGAUGAAGACGCUCGUUAGGGUCGGACCGAGGGGCGAGUGGGGCUCCUCGUGGAGGGCUCCGGACCAUGUUGCGCCUUUGGAGAAACCUGAUCGUGCAGCGCUACUGGAACAGCAGCAGCAGAGGACGAAGAGCUGGGCCGAGUUCCUUGCUUCUCCCUUACUUUUGUUGAAUGGGGAGGAAGGGGGAGGAGGAGAGGGCGGGUAUGAUGGGAUCAAACCUGACCUUGCGGGUGGCGUGGGCGUUGGUGUUGAUUAUGGGGGUGGGGAAGAGGGGUGGAGGGAGGUGAAGCUUGAGACUGUUGAGUGCGAGGUUCCGAUCAAGGUGUGGCCUGGUAAUACGGCGUUUAAGGCUAUGGAUGUGGUUUUUGAUGUUUGAAUAGAGGAGUGGUUAGUUUUGCUCUUAGAAAUUCGAAUGGAGUGGGGGUGGAUUUGGACUUGUACUGCUUCGAGUCACUUGUAUUGAUAACUUUAUUUGCUUUCGUGAUUAUUAGAG